AGUGAUUUUCUGUGCUGGUGAAGUUUUUGUCCCAAAAUACGUUCUGCGCGAUGUAUUAGCGGGAAAUUUUGUAGUAACUAGUUAGUUCAAGUGCUGCAGUUUUCAAAAAUAUUGGAGUACACUGGAAAAGUGAGUGAUACAUGGUGAAGAAGAAUCGCUGAAAAAUUGUCGCCUUUUGCAACAAACUGUUUUUCGCGUCAAGCAAGUGAAAAAAUUUGAAACGCAGCAAAAACUUUACCCAGCCGAUCAAAUUGGUGUAUGCUGUGCUUGUUUCGAUGCUCUUGUAUUACUGAUUUGUAAACCGGGUUCGGAAAGUCACUGCAGAAGCCGUAAAUACGGGAUUUGUUGAUCUGAAAAAUUCGCGCUUGGUCACAGCGAAGAAGAAAAUCGCGUCCGCUCUCCACAGUGUACUGUUGUCGAGUUUCAAAAAUCUAUGAAAAAUGAACGAUAUUAGCACAAAUAAUAAGGAAACAGUCCUGUCCGGUCCAUCCGCCUGGGAACAGUUGACCAACCCAGCACUGACCGAGCAGCAUCAGCAGCAGCAGCAACAACAGCAGCAGCAGCAGCAUCAACAGCAACAGCAGCAGCAACAACAGCAACUUCAAAUCCCGCAUCAGUCUAUCCCCCAAUCACACCACCAACCAGUGCCGCAGCAGCAUCAUGUAACCCCACAACACCAUCAAAUGCACCUCCCACAGUCGCAGCAGGGGCUAGUUCCCUUGCAGCAUCCCAUGGUUCAGCAGUCUCAUCCACACCCGAAUCAAACACCGCUACAUCAGGCGACAAGCCCAACGUCAUCGGGUCCACCAAUGACCCCAACAAAAACCACUCCUCCGGAUAUGUCCCACACUCCGCAAACGGCCCCUGGUCCCAAUCAAACUCCCGGGCCCAGUUACUCCGAAGAACUGCACCCGGAGCUGAUCAAUCAGGGCUGGCGAAAGUUCUGGUCCAAACGGGAGGGUCGACCUUACUUUUGGAACAAACUAACCGGGGAAUCUCUUUGGGAGCCACCGAUGCUUAACAGGGGAACGCAGCAGUUUGAUCCACUGACAGACCCCCUUGGAAUAUGCCAUUCUGGCCAAAAUGGACCAGCUCCACAUCAAAACAAUAACGCACUGAAACGGAGAGCCUCCGAAGACACCCAGAACCAUCAUCAGCAGCAACACCAAGGGUCGGGUGGUCCUCCUCCGCUGAAAAAGUACGUUUUGCCAGGUCCUUGGGAUCUGGAGAUUCCCACCAAUGUUGUAAUGUACGACCGCAUUCCAACGAUGUAUCCGCAUCCAUACCCGGAAGUGGAAGCCAUGCGUGGUGUUCUCACCGUGCGGUUGUACAAAACCUACGAAGAUCUCUGCACUAAACGUGAAUCUAUCAAUCCUCCGGCAGGAUCAUUUAACCGUUGGUUAAUGGAGCGUAAGAUUAUCGACCAAGGGUGCGAUCCGAUGCUUCCGAGUGUAUGCCAACCGGAGAUAUCCCAGCAGAUGUAUAGAGAAAUAAUUCGGGACAUUCCGAUCAAAAUUGUAAAGCCAAAGUACACCGGUGAUGCCCGAAAGCAAUUGUCACGGUACUGUGAUGCUGCGAAAAAAAUCGUCGAGCGCCGGUCCGCUUCCGUCGAGAGCAAGAAGGUAGUCAAGUGGAAUGCCGAGGAAACAUAUGAAUGGUUACGGAAAACGGUGGGGGCUAGCUAUGAAGACUUCCAGGAUCGGCUGACCCACUUGAGGCGACAGUGUGAACCGCACAUCAUCAAUACCGUGCAGAACAGUGUCGAACAGCUGUGUACGAAGAUUUUCCACUUGUCGGCACAGCACUGCAAAGCGAUCCGCGAUCGACACAGUCAGAUUCUGAAAGAGAGCGGCAUCCAGGAAUUGACCCAACCCCUGCAACCUCCUCUGAUGCGGAAAGUAUGGUGUUACCCGGUGCAGUUUGCCAUUCCGACACCACGCAUGCCGCAGAUUGAGUACAACACGGACCGGGAUCAUAUGACUAUUAAAUAUACGCAUACUUCGCUUUCCGGAGCGGACACGCAUACCAUCAACAGUUCUCAUUUGCAGAAGCUGGAGCAACUUUAUCGUUACAACUGCUUCGAUGACAAAAAGUUCGAUUUUUUCAUCGGCCGGGCGUACUGCAUGCUGAAGCGCUACUCAACCUUCCUGUGCAACAUCAGCCCGAACCAGCAGGAACCCGAGUUGACGCAAGCCGCCCUGCCGGCGGUAGUUUUCGAGUGUCUCCAUCAGCAUUUCGGUGUAACGUUCGAAUGUUUCGCCAGCCCGCUUAACUGCUACUUCCGGCAGUACUGCUCCGCCUUUGGCGAUACGGAUUCCUACUUUGGAUCGCGGGGAUCGUUCCUGGAGUUCAAACCGGUAUCCGGUUCGUUCCAGGUGAACCCGCCCUACUGUGAAGAGCUGAUCGAUGCAACGCUGCAGCACAUUGAUCGGUUGCUUACCGAUUCGCCGGAUCCGUUGAGUUUCAUAGUUUUUCUGCAGGAGUGGAAAGAACCUGCUUUACAAUGCCUGUCGAAGAUUGAGGAUAGUCACUUCAAACGCAAGCAGGUCGUCGUAACGGGAAUGGAGCAUGAGUAUCGCCAUGGGCUGCAGCACUGUAUACCAAAGUCGGAAGUAAAUUUCAAGAGCAUUCACGGUACCAUGGUGGUAUGGUUGCAGAACAAUGCUGGAUUUCAGCGAUGGGGUCCGACCGAGGCCCGCGUUGAUGCUUUGCUGGAAGCGUUCCGCCCGGGACGGGAACGGGAACGUGACAAAGUUGUACCUGCAAGCAGCGGAACGACUCCGGUUGCUGCCGCCAGUAGUCCGCCGGAAACGCCCAGUGGAAAUGCUCACAGUGAGCCGGGCUCAACCACACCCAAAACACCACAAACACCAACCGUUUAAGGCGUGCGUGCACGCGCCGCUGAUCUGCUUUUUGUGCGAUACAACGUAAUUUCAUUUGUUACAACCAGCCAGCUUAGCAAUAGACACUACACAGCAGAAGAUAAUUAUUACACAACAAGUCAGUUUCAUCAAGUUUUGUCUAUCACUACACACAUACAUUCAGAUGAUUCAAGCAGGUUAAAAGCAGUAGGUAAAUAGUAGCUUUCUAGCAAAUAACAGACAGACAGACAAUUUAUGAUCCGCAGCAGGCAAAUUUUGGUUCGUGACAUGCUUCUUAGGGAGGCCGGAAAUAUUUUAAUCACAAACAAACCAAGUCAGUCAGCUAUUGAACAUAUACAUAUUUUAAUCCUCUAUUGUAUAGCAAAAUUAAAAGUGAACAACUUUUGCCUAGGAUAGUGAAAAAUGGGCAAACUAAAACUUAGUUGUACUAUUUGUUGUUGAUUCUUUUUAAUCGAGCUCUCCGCGUAAGCCUCGGUUUGUCUUAAGCCGAGAGCCGCCGAACUGUUGGAGAAUUCUAACGGUGGCACUAAUGUAAUGCUAUAUUAUUAAGUUAGACGUAACGCUAUUACCUAGGGAAAUUAGGCGCAACUGCGGUGCAAGUUAGAUGAGUAAAAUCAAAUUCGUAGUAAGCAGACGAUAAACUUCGGUUGAAGGUAUUUUUUUCAGCCGGCGAAGGAAAAAACAAGUCCUAAAUGUGGCAAUUUGUUAUUUGUUUUCAAAACAUUUGUGGAGAUUUUUUAUAUUAUUUUAAAUUUAUUUUAUAUUAAAAUGCAAAUAGACGCGCAUAUUUUUACUAUAUAGUAAUGCCGAGCACAGAUAUUUAUGUGUACCAGUCCCGUAAAGAUCAAUCUAACAAAACAAGAAACACAAAACGCGACCAAGUGAAUCUUAUAUUCUUCUUCUAGCUCUGAAGAUAAUUGAUAGGAAAAAAAUGAAUAGAUGUUCUGAAUAGUUUCUAGUUUCCUUCGACUUCAGGAAUUUUUUUCUAAUGGUUUUUCGAUGUAGUAAUCUCGUUGAAAAAUUAUUUGAUGUACAAAUCUAAUCCAUGAUAGUGUGGACAUAU